AGUACUAUGCCUGGAAACCGGUUUUUACUGGAGAGUGCCCAGGAUUUAGAUGUGAGCAACAACAGUCUCCAGAAUUACAGCAUUAGCUCUAAUGACUAUUUUCAGAUUUAUACUCGGGAUCGCAGUGACGGCAGAAAGUACGCAGAGCUGGUGCUGGAUAAACCCCUGGACCGUGAGGAGAAGCCGGAGAUCAGUUUCACACUCAUAGCUAUCGAUGGUGGUUCCCCGCCGCUGUCGGGUACAGCCCGAAUUCGAGUUAUGGUUCUAGAUAUAAACGAUAAUCAUCCGGUGUUUUCUCGGCUUCUUUAUAAAGUCCAGAUUUUGGAAAAUACACUUGAAGAUUAAUUGUUAGCUACAGUCUCUGCUACCGAUUUAGACGAAGGAAUUAAUGGGGAAAUAUCCUAUUCCAUUAUUCAAAAUUCAGAGGAAAAUCGCCAAACUUUUAAGAUAAAUCCUGUCACCGGGGAAAUUCGACUCAAGCGGCCAUUGGAUUUUGAAGACAGGGAAAACUAUGAGAUAGACAUACAGGGCAUGGACGGCGGGGGUCUGUCUGCAAACUGCAAAGUCCUGGUGGAAUUGCUGGAUAUGAAUGACAAUGCUCCGGAGGUGACCAUAACAUCCCUUACCAGCCCUAUCCCCGAGAACUCCCAGCAGGGGAGAGUGAUGGCUCUGUUCAGCGUCAGGGACCGGGACUCCGGCGAUAAUGGGAAAACGGUCUGCUCCAUAGAGGACGAGCUGCCUUUUACUGUCAGAAAAAUAUCAAAAAAUUCCUACUCUCUGGUGACUGAAGGCGCACUGGAUCGUGAGAGACUAUCGGAGUACAACAUAACAAUCACUGCUCAGGAUUUGGGAUCUCCCAGUCUCGCUAGUGCAGUGACAAUCACCGUGAAAAUAUCAGAUAUUAAUGACAAUUCUCCCGGGUUUAAUGAAGCGUCAUACACUAUGUAUAUAAGAGAAAACAACGGCCCAGGGAUAAAGAUUGGCGAAGUCAGUGCUAUUGAUUCGGACUCAGAGCAGAAUGCCAAAGUGACAUACUCUCUAUUGCCUGCUGAGGUAGGUGGCCUUCCGCUUCUCUCUUAUAUCUCCAUAAACUCGGAAAAUGGGAAUGUGUACGCUCUGCGAUCCAUGGAUUAUGAACAGAUAAGAGAGUUCCAGGUCACAGUGAGAGCUGCAGAUGGCGGGUCCCCUCCACUAAGCUCUGAAGUCAUUGUCCGGGUUGUGAUAAUUGAUGACAAUGACAACUCCCCCUUCAUUUUAUACCCUCUGCAGAACAGCAGCUCCCAGGCUAAUGACCUGGUUCCCAGGUCGGCGGAGGCGGGUUACCUGGUGACGAAGGUGGUGGCUGUGGAUGGAGAUUCCCGUCAGAAUUCUUGGCUUUCCUACCAGCUGCUGAAGGCCACAGACCCAAGUCUCUUAGAACCACUCCUAUCAACCACAGCGACGCUAAAUUUUCUUGUGGUGGAUGGAUUUUCAGAUCCGUUUUUGCAGAUUUUUGAGGUACCCAGCGAAGAAGAGAAGGACAGCACAUUGACUACAUAUUUAGUGAUAGCGCUGGCUAUGAUUUCAUAUUUUUUAUUUUCGAUAGUAGUAUUUGUAAUUAUUAAGGGAUGUAAAAGGCGAAAUUUUAGUGAAAAAUAUAACUCGGUUUGUGGCAAUUUUUAUGGCGCUAACGGCUUCCGCGGUGAUUUAGUAGGUGCCAGUGGACCCGGAAUCCUACCCCAGCCGUGCCAUUAUGAAGUCUGUUUGACAAACGGAUCGAGUAACAGCGAGUUUAAAUUUCUCUGACCAAUAAUCCCUAGUUUUAUUGCUCGGAAUUCUGAAAUAGACAAGAUCAGAGUCAAUCAUUUUCUUAAUAAUUCCCAUGCGGGUAUUCAGAUAGAAUCAGUGAGUCAGGACAGAAUAUCCGCUUGUGUUGAUUAAUAUUUAAUUUUCCAAAUUUGCUUUGAUGCUUGUUAGUAAGAGUUUAACAGAAUUUUAAGCAAUCUGAGUGUGCAUAGUAAUAAUUUAGCCAUAUAUAUCCCUACUGGUCAAUCUUCACGCCCUUGCCUUGUGCUUUAAUUAUGAAUAUUCCUCUUCUCAUAGAAAUCCGAUGAUGAUGAUGAUGAUGAUUGAUGAUGAUGAUGAUGAUGAUUGAUGAUGGCGAUGUCCUUGUGUAUACAGAUAUUAUUUUAGAUUAGUGAUUUUGGUUAAAUUUUCGAGAGCGACAGAAAUGCCUAAAUCACUUUUGAAAAUGGGACUUCCUUUAAAAUAACUUAGUCACUUUUGAAAAUGUUAGCCUUUGUUGCGAAACUGUAGUAUUGUGUGGGAUGAAGAACAUGUAACACUGUCAGCUCCACUGAAGUCUCGAUAAAAUUAUUCCACUUUGAACUCUGCUUGAUAAGAUUCAUGAGGUCACUUAGUUCCAUGAAUUAACAUGUAAUGCAAUUUACGUGUAAAAUCUUUUCAUGUAGAAAAAGAUGAGGAAAAUUCCAGACUGAUUCCCUAUAGGACUGGAAUGUAGGGAUCGCCAUUAUCUGGAAAGACAUGAAAUGCCAUUUCUUAGCUUAUCCACCGGGAGUGUGGAACUCAUGGAACAACACUGUUCCCCAGAUAUCGAAUGUAUCAUAUAUGUCUGGAUCAAAAUUUUCCAGAUGGGGGCCUAAACACAGGCAAGCAAACCCAUAUUCAGGCACCCGAAUAAAAGUAGCCUUUUUUCUGGGUUUCCAUUUUCUUUAGUGGGAGUUGAAAGAACGCUGUAACUUGGAAAGUUAGACCACGCCUCUAAGGUACCGAACUUUAAACACUUGUUUUUCAGACCGUUACCCUCGCCUUUAAUUUCUCCAUUGACGGUUGAGCUCACAACCACCUUUGGAAACUCUUUCAAAUUUCUUCAUAUUAUUUCCGUUAAAAACAAAUCUGACCUUUAACAUAUGUUCUUCGAUAUGGAUCAUACCCCUAACAUGUUUAUAUUCACACUAGAGGUAUGACCCUUUCCAGGUUUAGCUGUGGCCCUCACAAUUAUUCACUUCUUAACAUGGUUUACCAAACACUGAGGGAGAUUUACCCGCCAGAUAUCUCUGGCUAAUAUAAUGGUCACUGACCACUAGCACGUUUAGCACUGAAAUUAUGGCAUAUAAUCCCAACAGUCAUAUCUUGUGUGUGUGUUCAUCUCUUGGUUAAAUUUUGUAGUUGUUCACAUCAUUAUUCACUCAAAUUAAACGUCUCUGUGUUAAAUUAGCACACAUCAGGAGUAAGAUUAAGCAAUUUGAAGUGAAAUAACUGGAGUGUAUUGUGACUGCACGUUCUGUUCCCUAAACGCAAUA